CUGGCGCUUUAUAUGAUGCACGUGGGCUCGUUCCAGCAUUUAAAUUAAGUUUUUCGUUUAAAAUAUUGAAUUAAAGCAACAAAACUGAUUAGUUUCUACGAUGUCAUCUUCAUUUUUCCUCAAACCAGGUGCCAAAGGCACCAAGAAGCGCAAGAAUCCCACAGCGGCCGCCGCAACAACAACAAAAGGAAAACCCCUUAAAAAAGGAGGGACACCGGGAAAUCCUGGAAAAACAGCCAACGUUGGACCCGUGCCAAAGAAGCAGCGACGGCCCAAGGAGGAGGAGGAGGAAAUCGCCAGCGAGGAUGAGGAGUUCGAUAGCGACCAGGAUGAAGCAAACACCCUGGCAUUUUCCUCCGAUGAGGGUGAAGAGGAGACUCCCCAGGACAAGCGUCUGCGACUGGCAAGGCAGUACCUCACAGAGAUCGAAAAGGAAGCGGAGCGCGCCGACGAUCGGGAGCGCCAAAGCGUUGAGCAGCGUCUGCAGACGGAAUACUUGGACAGCGUGGGAAAGCUGCGAAGAAAUAUAGCCAGCAACCUUAAGACUUGCGAGACGAGCCGAGUGCUAAAGCAUAAAAUCCACCACACCCCCAUCUGUGCCCUGGCCCUCAGUCCCGACGGCAAGUUCCUCUUCACGGGCGCCAAGUCGCAGUUCCUUUUGAAAUGGUGCACGGAAACGGGGAAAGUGCUGGAGAAAUCAGAUGUGUUGUCACAUCGCGAGGAACCUGCAACGAUCAAGAAGCGGCGCUCCCAUAUUAUCACCAUCUGCCUGUCCAACGAUAUGAAGUACCUGGCCUUAGCCGAAGGCGGUCCCCACAUACAAAUCUGGUGUCCGCAAACGAUGAAGCAUGUAAAGACGCUCAAGGGCCACAGGGACAGUGUGGCUGGGCUCGUUUUCCGCAAGGGAACCCAUGACUUGUACUCGGCGGCGAAGGAUAGAUCGGUGAAGAUCUGGUCGCUGGAUGAAAUGGCCUACGUGGAGAGCUUAUUUGGCCACCAAACGGGCGUGACCAGCAUAGAUGCCUUGAGCAGGGAGAGAGCCAUCACCGCUGGCGGAUCAGAUUGUUCCUUGCGCAUCUGGAAGAUUACGGAGGAGUCGCAACUGAUCUACAAUGGGCACAGGGAUAGCAUUGAGUGUGUGAAACUGAUCAACGAUGAGCACUUUGUCUCGGGAGGAAUGGAUGGAGCCAUCAGUUUAUGGAGCGCUUUGAAGAAGAAACCCAUUUGCACCACACAAGUAGCGCAUGGGACAGGAGAUAAUGGUGUGACCAACUGGAUAACAGCCUUGGCAGUGGUGGUCAACACGGAUUUAGUGGCUACAGGCUCCUGUGAUGGCUGCGUCCGGCUGUGGCAGACGAAUCCCAAUGCCCGUAAACUGCAGCAGAUUCAAAGUAUACCCAUUGCCGGUUUCAUCAAUGGCCUGGCCUUCAAUGCUGAUGGCACCCAGCUGUUUGUAGCUGUGGGCCAGGAGCAUCGCCUAGGUCGUUGGUGGCGGCACAAGGAGGCCAAGAAUCAAGUAGUAGUAGUCGACAUAAAGUUACAGAGCGCGACUAGCAGUUAGUUUUAUAUUUUAAGCUUAGGUAAAGUUGUAUAGUUCUUAAAAGAAGUAACGCUGCCUGCAAAAAAGUAAAUAAAAG